CUGCUGACAAAAAGUAGGAGGUUCCCGGAAAAUUUGCUAACCGGAAGGGAAGGCCAGAGCCCAAGAAGAAGAAGACGGCCACCGCUACUGCAGCAGCUGAUGACACCAGCAAAAGAAGAGAAAGUAUUAACCCACUGGUGAGGUCUCUUCUUCCUCUGGCUCAUCUACCUGUCUGAUCUGAACUCCCCCACCCUACCCCAGAGUAGCUCAGCCUCACCCACCCCCUGCACCAAAUCCACGCCCUCAAGUCGCCCAGACUCCCCACUCCCUCUUCUCCCAGCUUCUUCUUCUUCUGUCUCCCAGUUUUUAACGGUGCACAAUGGCAGGGAGAGGUGGAACAGCACGGACCAAUGGCACUGCAGCGAGCAACAAGAUCUGUCAGUUUAAGCUAGUGCUGCUGGGGGAGUCAGCGGUGGGAAAGUCCAGCUUGGUGCUGCGCUUCGUCAAAGGCCAGUUCCAUGAGUAUCAGGAGAGCACCAUCGGAGCUGCCUUCCUCACUCAGACAGUAUGUUUGGAUGAUACAACAGUCAAGUUUGAGAUCUGGGACACUGCAGGACAGGAGCGGUAUCACAGCUUGGCGCCCAUGUACUACAGGGGAGCCCAAGCUGCCAUCGUGGUUUACGAUAUCACCAACACAGAUACCUUCACACGUGCAAAGAACUGGGUGAAGGAGCUUCAGCGACAAGCCAGUCCCAAUAUUGUUAUUGCACUGGCAGGGAACAAAGCAGAUCUGGCCAACAAGAGGGCUGUAGAUUUCCAGGAAGCGCAAGCAUAUGCAGAUGACAACAGUUUGCUCUUUAUGGAGACUUCAGCCAAGACUGCUAUGAAUGUCAAUGAGAUUUUUAUGGCUAUAGCCAAGAAGCUUCCUAAGAAUGAGCCUCAGGGAGGAGCUGGCACUGGUGCAAGAGCCAGAGGCGGCGUGGACUUGCAAGAAGCGGCACCACAGGGCAGAAGUGGCCAGUGCUGUGGUGGCGGGAACUAAACCACAUAAUGCGUCAGCUGAUCCAACCAAUCUACAGCUCCGAUCAACCAGACCAGAUAUUAUUCAGCUGUCAAACAAUGUCCCAUUGGUCAAACCAAACCAAGGUCUGACCCAACUACCCUAUUAGCACUAAUCAGCUGUUUGGCAAUUGUGUUCACUGGCCAGUAAACUGCCAGACCCCCAUGAUGGUUUCCAACCAGCAGACCAAGAAACCGACCCACAGGCUUAUCGACAAAAUCAUUUUUUAAUCCCCAGGACUUGCCAAUCCAUGACCUCUCUAUUGAUGAUGGACACUCGACGUCACCUUAGGGGGAAAAAGAAAAAAGUCCCAGUCUUGGAGGAAGGAGAAAAAAAAUCAGUCAUUACCAAUGGCACUUAAUAGGGCCAUCUUACUCAACUUUUUUUUGUUUCUGUAUUUGUGUAGAGGAAAAAAAAAAAUUACGCAACAGGAAGGAAUAUAAACGGGCUCCCCUGCCCUGUCCCUUCUCUUCUACCUUCUGCUUCUUCAUGCACCACACAUUUCUCCAGUAUUUCCAUCAUGGUGUUAAUGGCACCAAGUAAAACUCAAAUCCAGGUGCAUACAGCAGUCCUUCACUUUUCUUUCUUGUUCCCAGUCAGCUUCCUGGAAAAGAUGAAGAGGGAAGGUUUGUGACAGGAGAACGGGAAUGGACCGAGAUUUCCUCCUUGAUAGAGCUGUGUAGAAUGAAUUAUUACCUGUUAUUGUUAUCACUAUUACUACGACUUCGACCUCUUUUGACUGUUCAUUUUGACGCCUUGACUUUAAGGUUCUACUAUCAUCCAUCUGUUAUCAAACCAUAUACGGUAAAUGGUAGUUUAUUAACAUCACCCAUAAGUAAGUUUAGCAUUAAUGUAAUGUUUCUUUUUCGACCAUCAGUGUACACUGGCAAAUACAUAAAGCUGGAUCUGUUUUCUUGACCAAAAUCACAAAUAUUGCUAUAUUUGUAUGAGACUUCUCAAGUUCACAAUCAAUCAGUAGUUAUUGUCAAAACCAAUAUCUUCCCACUCUGUACAUGAUGUUUUGUCAACCUUAAUUUUUCGUUGGAUUUUUUUUUAAUGUUAAAUUUCUUUUCUGAAGAUCUAUGGUAUUAAAUGCACUGGUUUCUGUCUCAUCAUA